UUCAGUUGCUUCGUGGUUGUAGGUAUUACUUGUGUAAACUGUCUACCGUGUAGUAGAUUUGGAAAAUAUAACAAUGCAACAGCUAGUUUUUCUCUUGGGGUUUUUGCAAUUAUUUUUUGGAUCGGAGACUGUCAGCGAUAAGAGAAUCGCUAGAGCAAGAAUCGAGAGCUGUGGUGGAUGACGCUUGAAUCGUCUGCCAGAAGUCAAACGGUUUAUUUAUCGUGACUUGCCUUUAUUUCAUAAUGCUGAUUUUAAGCAAAUAAGUGGAGCAGUCCCAGAACUAAUAUUUUUAAAUAGAGAUGGUGAAGAAAUUGAAAGAAUUCCACUGAGUGAAAAAAGCCAAACUGAAUGUAAACAAUUACUACUUGAUAAAGGAUUUUACAUGAAAAAGAGUGAAGAUGAAGAUGUCCCUGAAGAGUUUAAAGAUGCUCCAUAUAACUCUCCACACUCUGAGUUGUAAUAAAAUACUCUUGUCCGAGAAAAUACUCUUCUAUUUUAAUAAAUUUAGAGUGUUCCUGUUUCAUUAAAAUAUCAAUAUUAUAAUAUAUUAUUUUCUUCAAUAAUGCACAUUUUAUAGCUUUUUCAAUAUAACCCAAAUAAUUUAAAGAAGUUUGUAAAAAUUGUCAUUAGCAGUAUUAAAAUAUAAGGUUAUAAUUUAUUUUCAUUGUUUGAUUAGUCAAUUUUUGUAUGUCAGCAAGUGUGUGAAAUGCAAAUGUGUGAUCAAUUAUAGUAGAAUUACCUCCUUGAUCAAAGUGUUUCAUUUUAUUUAAUUUUCUCUGAAGGAAUAUCUUUCCAAGGACUUCUAAACUUCUUUAUCAAAAUAGUCUUUGUAUUGAAUUGUAUAAAUUUUUAGAUUGGUUGAGAAUUUUAAAAUUAUGUUUCAUGUUCAUUAUGUAUUAAGUAAAGCAGGUUUCGUAUAAUUUAAUAUUUUUAAUGAGAUUUUUCUAAAAAAUGAUGUACUUACUAUUAAAAAAACUUUGAUUUUAAAGUAUAUUGAUUAUUAUUUAUAAUUUUUGUAUUGUUUUCAAUUAACUUUAUUGUUUAAUUGAACAGUGUAUUUAAAUACAUUUUAUUUUGAUCAAUAUAAUUUUUAUUACUUGAUACAUUUAGAAAGUGACAUUUUAAUGUUAAUUUUUAUGGCCAUUGUGAAGAGCUAUAUGAUGAUGUAGAUUUAAAUAUUAUCUAGUCUGCAUUUGAUGCUUCUUGAAACAGUGUAUCAUAAAAAAAACCUGACUUAAAAUGUCACAUUUUUUCAUUGAAUAAGAAUAUAUAUUUAUAUGCGACAAAUUUAAUGGUUAAAUGUAUGUGUUCCACGAACAUUUUAUUGAAAGACCAAUUAUUACAGUAUUUUUGUUUGAUAAAUAAAUAUGUAGUUCACAAAGAAUUCUAUUUUUUGAACAAUUAUAUAAAUGAAAUAGUAUUCAAAUGAUGCACUUUGUUACACUUAUUAUUUCAGCAUUACUAUUUUUAUAAUGUACUACAUAAUAUAAUCUUCAACCAUAUUAUUUGUAUAACAAAUUAAUGUCCAGAAACCAAUUUUAAAGCAUAUCUGCCAAGCUGGUAUAUCAAGAAAAACAUUUUUUAGGAUGUGGUAUGUUAUAUGAUCCUAAACAAACUAGUACAUGUAUUAUUAAAUAACUGUGAACACCAGCAAGGUGAAAUAUGGCCACAUGUUUGAAAUAAAUGUUGAUGCCACUUACUCAUAUAAAA